AUGACCGACGACGACNACGGCGGCGACACGUCGCCGCUCUACGACUACGCCGCGUCGCAGGCGAAGAUGCUCUUCUGCGGCGACAUGGGCGAGCUCGACCGGCCCAACGCGCCCGUGGAGCUCGACGACGACGACAACAACGCGCCGCCGCUCCUCGACGUCGGCGACCGGCGCGAGGCCGCGUGGCGCGCGCGGAGCCCGCCGGCGACGACCGACGCGCUCGGCGGCUCGAGCGAUCCCGACAGCUCGCUGUCGUCGCCGUCCCAGUCGUCGGCGGCGAAGCGCGACCUCGCGCGCCUCCGGGGGCGCCUGAAGCAGCGCUCCGAGCCCGACGCGCUCGACCGGUCCUGGGCCGC